UGCCCCGCCCCUUCGCGUCGGCCCCGCCUCCAGGCCCAUCCCAAGAUGGCGGAGAUCCCCCUGUACUUUGUGGACUUGCAAGAUGACUUAGACGAUUAUGGAUUUGAAGACUACGGCCCACAUUGUGACAGCAUGAGAGUAACAGCGUUCUUGGAUAUUCCAGGCCAAGAUAACCUGCCACCCCUCACUCGCCUGGAAAAGUAUGCUUUCAGCGAGAACGUCUUCAACCGUCAGAUUAUCGCCAGAGGGCUACUUGAUAUCUUCCGGGACUUCGGUAAUGAUGAAGAAGACUUCUUAACAGUCAUGGCGAUCGUGGUCAGAUUGUCAGAAGAUGCAGAGCCCACAGUGCGGACUGAGCUGAUGGAGCAGAUUCCUCCUAUCGCCAUUUUUCUACAGGAAAACAGAUCAGAUUGCCCGGUGGUGCUCUCCGACUAUCUCAUCCCCAUCGUGGUGAGGUACCUCACAGAUCCAAACAAUCAGGUUAGAAAAUCAAGUCAGGAAGUACUCUUGAUUCUUCUGGAACAAGAUCUAAUUUUCCAGCACGAUAUUGAAAACAAAGUGUGUCCAAUCCUGCUAGCGCUCUCUGCCCCAGACAGUGACAACGAAUAUAAAGCAGAAGCCGUGAACAUCAUCUGCAAACUGGCUUCCAUGCUGAGCAAGAACACAGUUGAACGCCUGCUGCUCCCGCGAUUCUGUGAAUUGUGUGGUGAUGGGAAGCUCUUUCAAGUUCGGAAGGUAUGUGCUACAAAUUUCGGUGAUAUUUGCCACGCCGUUGGACAAGAAGCCACAGAGAAGUUUUUGAUCCCAAAGUUUUUUGAGCUUUGCUCGGAUAACGUCUGGGGGAUGCGAAAAGCCUGUGCAGAGUGCUUCAUGGCGGUGUCGUACAACACGUCCCCCGAGGUCCGCAGAAGCACGCUCUCCCCGCUCUUCAUCAGACUGGUCAGCGAUCCCUGUCGGUGGGUGCGCCAGGCUGCCUUCCAGUCCCUGGGCCCCUUCAUUUCCACCUUUGCAAACCCCUCCAGGGCUGGCCUGUACAUUCGAGAAGAUGGCACCCUCAGCAUCCGGCCUCCGGCUCAGGACGCAGAGUCCGAUUUCACCUGCGGGUCACCCGGUGCUGGCAGCUGCGGUAACACUUCCGUAGCCCGUUCAACAAAGCCGGUGCAGAUAGAGCCAGCUCUGCCCACGGAAACCAGCAGUCUCCUGUGUGUCAGGAGCUCCUCUCAUGGCCCAAUGGAAAACCCAAUGGAAGACUCCGUCUUUGCUGGAGCUGAGUUGGCCAGGCUUUCUCCAGAGGCCGGUGAUAUUCACACCCUUCCCAUCAACAGCGACCCUGGACCCGGAUCCUGGGCCUGCUCAGGGAAUCCCGACGAUGUAUUCAGUCAUUUCCUUUACUGGCGAACUCCCCUCCCCGACAUCAGCAAGGACAUAGAGCUGCUUCUGAGUGAGGCGGGGCCGCAGGAAGAAGACAGCAGCAGACCUGAGACUGUGCACAAUGGCUGUGUGGCCCGCAGCGACAUUCAGAAAGUCCUGGACAGUUUGCAGGAGCAUCUGAUGAGUGACCCUGAUGUUCAAGCUCAAGUUCAGGUCUUAUCCGCUGCACUCAGAGUCGUGCAGCUUGAGUCUGUGAGCGAGCCUGAGCACAAGGCGACAGAGGGGCUGAGUGAAGUGUCCGUCUCAGCCCCCAGUGCUGCCUGUGACAGCCAGCAGGCUCUGUCAGCCGUGUCACCGCAGAGGCAGCUGUCCGUGGCCGGGAUAUUACACAGCACAAAUCCAGGCGGACCCUGCAAGGGAACCAGUGACCGACCAGAGCCCGAGCGGAGGCAGGACCCCAUCCCACUUGAGGAGAAUAAAUCUAAAUUACAGGAUAUAAUUCCUCAGCCCCUGCUAGACGAGUACGUGUCGAUGACAGACCCAGCGCGAGCCCAGACUGUUGACACCGAUAUAGCCAAGCACUGUGCCUACAGCCUCCCAGGGGUGGCGCUCACCCUGGGCAGACAGAAUUGGCACUGCCUGAAGGACACGUACGAAGCACUGGCUUCCGACAUGCAGUGGAAGGUACGUCGGACCCUGGCCUUCUCCAUUCAUGAGCUGGCUGUGAUUCUUGGGGAUCAGCUAACGGCAGCUGACCUGGUACCCAUCUUCAAUGGAUUUUUAAAAGACCUGGAUGAAGUACGAAUAGGAGUUCUGAAACACCUGUAUGAUUUUCUAAAGUUGCUUCAUGAAGACAAGAGGAGAGAAUAUCUUUAUCAGCUUCAAGAAUUUGUGGUGACCGAUAACAGCAGAAAUUGGAGGUUUCGAUAUGAACUAGCAGAACAGCUGAUACUGAUUUUGGAACUGUACAGCCCCAGUGAUGUUUAUGAUUAUUUGAUGCACAUUGCCUUAAAGUUGUGUGCAGACAGAGUCUCGGAAGUUCGAUGGAUCUCCUUCAAACUAGUUGUGGCAAUUCUGCAGAAGUUCUAUUCGAGCAGUGAAAGUGCACUGGGGUUAAAUUUCAUCAAUGAGCUCAUCGUAAGAUUCCGGCACUGUUCUAAGUGGGUCGGAAGGCAAGCUUUCGCUUUCAUUUGUCAGGCGGUGGUGAGCGCAGAGUGUGUCCCCGUGGACCAGUUUGUGGAGCACUUACUCCCCAGCCUGUUAAGCCUUGCAUCGGAUCCUGUGCCCAACGUAAGGGUUUUGCUGGCCAAAGCUCUAAGGCAGACGCUGUUGGAAAAGGCGUACUUUAGAAAUGCCGGUCACCCUCAUCUUGAAGUCGUGGAAGAGACUGUGUUAGCUUUGCAGUCAGACCAGGACCAGGAUGUCUCCUUUUUUGCCACCCAAGCACCAAAGCGGCGGAAUCUUACCGACACUACCACGCUGGAGAAACAGAACUGACCACUGUGGUCACUCACAACCUGGUCAUUUCAUGCUUGGCACAUACUGCUCCCCAUAAUCGUACCUGUUAAGGGAGGGUAGGCUUCUCCAACUUGGAGACCAGGCACUCAAAUGACCCCUUUCCCACCUGCACUUUCCACCCAAGGGACUGCACUGGGGAUGGGCGCUAGUUGCAGGCAGCACUUCUUCGCCCUACCUGCCUCGUGUGGAGUCUGAAAAGGUUGUAGAACCAGGGGGCUAACUGGGUGUGGGGGCUUCCAUAGCAUCAGACUACCUGCGAGUGGUUUGUUUUCUCUGUUACAGACUGUAUUAUUGAAAGCCCCCCCGAAUAGUUUAUUAGAAGCUUUUCAGUCUUAAAAGACUUGCACAUUCGGCUUCCCUUAUGCUUUUCUAUAAAAUAUAGUUUAUAGCAUUAUAUUUUAUUUUUAACUGAAAUACUGUACAUAUGUGAAUAACUUGACAGGAAGAAAAUAUAUUAAUGUAAUAUUAGCCUCCUAUCAGUGAACAGAAGAAAUACGUCAUUUAAAUUUAUGCUCCACUUUGAGUUGCUGCAAAUAUAGCCCAAUUUGUUUACUUUGAAAAAUGUGAUAAAGAAAUCUACUAAAGAAUGAUUUAUGGCAGUCUUUCUAAUGUACGUUCGUUAAAAAAUCUCCUUGGAACUUUUCCUCAAGCCCUCAUCCCCUCCCCUUCUUGCAGGAACUGUAGCCAUAAAGAUAGGUGUUGGCCUUUGAUAGAGGCAUAAAGCAGAAAGAGUUUUCGUUGUUAUGUGGAUGUAUUAUCAUAUGCUUAAGAACUCGGGAGGGAAAUUGAUCCUUGAGAUACAUGGAUAUUGAUUUUAUAGCUAAUGCUCUAGAAUCUUAACAAAAAGCAGGAAACAGCCAUAGUCCUGAUCAGUCCAUAUACUUGCCCACAAAUACCAGUGAUUCAGAGUAUUAAAUUAUGAUACUUCUUGAAACUGACUUACGUAUACAGAACUUAAAUCUCAUGCUUUUAAAUGUUAGACUAAGAACAAGAUGCUAUGGAAUUUAAACAGAUUUUUCAUUAAUAAUUCAAGGUUUUAUAUACAUUGAUUAAAUUCUGCAUACAUGUCUACUCAUGUUAUUUUUCUUGUUCUGUAUUUAUCUUGUCCAAGGUUAGCGUAAGGGAAGGAAGGAAUGGUCCUUUGGGCUCCAAGAUCUGCUGCCAAGGGCAUGUCAGCUGUUUCCAUUCUUCCCUUGCAUCUUUUCCUUGCCUUGUCUUUUCUUUCUUUUGGUUUAAAUAAAAUUUCUGGAGCUAUGUAAUCAAUUUCCACUCAGUUCUGUCCCCUAAAUUCCAUGGAGCUGCUGCUUUAAACAGAAAGGAAGGCAGUCUACCAUGGCAA